GUGGCGAUGACUACCUCCACCCCACAGUUCCAGGGGGACAAGAUGGCCGAGCGCGCCUCUGCGUCUUCGGGCGCAAAGCGGCAAGCGGUGCAGAGCGCCGGGGCCGCCAUGCUGCUGAGCGUGGCGGGGAACGACGACGAACGCGAGAGAAGAGAGCGGCGACGCUCCAGGCUGAUCGAUCUCCAGCUGAGCAACACCGAGAGCCCUCUGGUGUCGCCGGCGACGAGGAGCACACCACAAUUCUGCAAUGCCACUCUGUCAAAUAACCAGAUAUCAGAGCAUUACUCAACCUGUAUCAAACUGUGCUCCGAAAAUAAAAUCACCGCAAAGAAUGCCUUUGGUCUUCACCUGAUAGAUUACAUGGCCGACCUCCUCAAGGAGAGAGACUCUGAACUCAUCAACUUCAAGAUGGCAGCCGGCACGUUGGAUGCCAGUGCUAAGAUCUACGCUGUGCGAGUGGACGCCAUUCACUCCGAUGUGUUCAGAGUUCUCGGAGGCCUGGGUAAGAACCCAGAGACUGCAGAUAAGGCUGAAGAGAGCAGCCGGAACAAGCUCGAUGCCGACGGGAACCCAAAAAAUCCCCAGAAGCAGUGGAGAAAAAAACACUCAUACAAAACCAUUGAGCAAAAUCUGAACAACAUUACGUACAGUGCAGCGGACAUAAAAUGUGAGAAUGAUCCCAUGUUCCAAAAAGCGGCCUUCUCCUUUGACGAGGGCAGUACGAUGGGGGUGUUUCUGAUGAACCUGCAGACGUAUGGACACUGCUCCGAGUUACUGUUCGAUUCCGACGUGAAACUCCUUCAGACCGGCCCUGCUCCACCGCCAGUGCCUCUAACAUAUGUGGAGAUUUCAGGUCUCGCAGCCCUUCAGCAGUCUGUGGAAGGCAAGCGCAUCUGUCCUUCGUUUGAAGACUUUCAGUUCACAAAGUGGGAUAGUGAAGCUGAAGAUCAGCAGUUGGUCUCGUCAAUAAUGGACAGAUUCAAGAAAAGCGAGCACUUGUUUGACAUGGACGCGGAGCCGGAGUUUGGGGACCAGGAUGAUGCCCCCGAGGACGCGUUUGACGGGGACCUGUGCGACGAUGAUGGUGGAGGGGGAGACCAGGGGGGCACCACGUUUACAGAGCACAGGGAAGCCUGCAAGAUUGAUCGAGUGGGCGUCAGCCAGGAAGUGGUGACUCUGGGAGCUGGUGAUUUUGGGAGCUUGUGUCUGCAGCUGUCACAGCAGCCAGGGGAAUACUCCUACUUCAGCCCGAGGAUGAUGAAGAUGUGGGCAGGGCCAGAACACUGGCGGUUCCGAGCUCGCCACAAAGCAGACGUUGUUACUGUCGGUGAGACCAGGAAAAAAACAGCCAAGAAAAGCUUUGAAAUUGAUCUUAACGAGGAAAUAGUCUUCGAGACUUAUUUCAGAAAGACCAAGGCUUCCACAAUCAUCUCGCACGCUGCUCUGGGCAAACACAGUAAAAAGCUGACCACGCUGCCAGCAGAUUUCCACUACAAUCCAGACCACCUCAUCCGCUUGUCUCUCAAACCUUCCAUCACGCUGAAGUGGACGGUGCCUGAGAGCGUCUCCUCAGAGCAGGACGAGGGAAUCGGGGAAUACGAUUAUAACAACGCCAACGACACCUCCAACUUCUGCCCCGGAGUUCAGAUUGACAGUGAUGAUGAACAGGAUGGGUUUGUAGCUGACGCAGGGCUGGAGCAAGGAGAGUGCGGCAUCGAGCCCGGCAGCAACCAACUGAACAUCACCACGUACAGAGGAGAAAACCUGGUGGCAGAGCCUCACAGAGUCAAUAAAAUCCUACUGAAUUAUGAAAAAACUGCCAAAAAGGUGGAUGUGAAGCGGCUGAAACAGAACAUGUGGCAGCUGCUGACAGAAGUGCCAGAGAGAGAGAACGGCAUCACUGAGGAGAUUCUGGUGGACGCUGUGAAAGGAGAACAAAGCUUUACAGCCAUCACCAAGCGUCUGUUUGAAAGGUUACCUAACUCAAUGGCAAAGAAUCUCUCCAUUCCCUUGGCCUUCGCUUGUUUGCUCCACUUAGCCAACGAGAAGAAUCUGGAGAUCCUAGGACAGGAAGACUUGUCUGAUGUCCUCAUAAAACAAGGGAUCUGAUCUUGUCCGGGUCCCAUCCUGGUCACCUUUACACAAGCAGGCUUCAGCUGUGAUGAAGUCUAGAACUGUCCGCCUUUUCUCUGCAUUUCCUCUCGUCUCCAGAUGAUGAUCAUCUACAGGACUGUCAGUUCUCUACACAUCAUUCCCUACCUACUGAAGACAAGCAGAUCUCCUGGGCCUGUCAGUCAGGCGGCCUGAGCCAGUCCACCACCUCAAUGUGGAGUGUGUUUGGGACAUUGAAGCUUCUCCUUGUAAAUAACUGAUCUCAUGUGCAAUUAUGUAGUUAGAAUUUUGUUGGUAUUUUACUUUCUAAUAAACUUUAUAUAAAAUCUCUCA